ACUAUUUAAAUUUCCUCUGGCGACAAAGUACAUUAGUACUGCAAGCAUAAGGGAACAAAGCAGCAGGCAGAAUCAAUCAAUCAAGAUUUCAAGAACCACAACAUUUUAUUUUAUUUUCUAAUUUCCCUUUAGCAUAAAAAGCCUAGCAAAAGAAAAAGCAUCCUCUUGUCACUGAUUCUAUUCUUAUGAAGAAGAGGACAACAGCAAUCAUAGACACUACCACCCACCCCUUCGACCUUCGAAAUCCCAUUACCUUUACCUCUCCAUGACCUAUAAUAACAACAGCUUCAACACUUUUCCUCAAUCACACACUCUCUCCAAUCAUAUUCUCAUUGCAUUUGCUAAUCCCAAAUCUGAAAUUUCUUUUAAAUUAAAAACACCACCAUCGUUCCCUCCCUUCCCACACCAUAACAUGAAACAGGUUUGUCUUUGUCUCAUAAUCCUGACACUGGCCUUGUGCUUGUGCAUCCUCUGUGUUUCUGCAGAGGCUGCAGGGCAGAACGAUACACUCGCACUUACCGAAUUCCGUCUCCAAACCGACACCCACGGCAACCUCCUCACCAACUGGACCGGCGCCGACGCCUGCUCCGCCGUAUGGCGCGGCAUCGAAUGCUCCCCAAACGGCAGGGUAGUGGGCCUCACCCUUCCUUCCCUCAACCUCCGCGGCCCAAUAGACUCCCUCUCCACACUAACCUACCUCCGUUUCCUCGACCUCCACGAAAACCGCUUAAACGGCACCGUUUCACCUCUCUUAAACUGCACAAGCCUGGAACUCCUCUACCUCUCCCGCAACGACUUCUCCGGCGAGAUUCCGCCGGAGAUAUCCUCCCUCCGCCUCCUCCUCCGCCUAGACAUCUCCGACAACAACAUCCGAGGCCCCAUCCCCACACAAUUUGCGAAACUAACCCACCUCCUCACGCUGAGGUUACAGAACAACGCCCUCUCCGGCCACGUCCCCGACCUUUCCGCUUCCCUCCAAAACCUCACCGAACUCAACGUCACCAAUAACGAACUCCGCGGCCACGUCUCCGAUUCCAUGCUCACCAAAUUCGGCAAUGCGAGCUUCUCCGGAAACCACGCCCUCUGCGGGUCCACCCCGCUACCUAAAUGCUCCGAAACAGAGCCAGGCACAGAGACUACAAUAACCGUCCCUGCAAAACCGAGCUCGUUCCCGCAAACAAGUAGUGUAACCGUUCCCGACACUCCGAGAAAGAAAGGAUUGAGCGCCGGUGUAAUUGUGGCGAUCGUGGUGGCGGUUUGCGUGGCGGUGCUGGUGGCGACGUCGUUCGUGGUGGCGCAUUGUUGCGCCAGAGGUUCCACCUCUGGCUCGGUGGUGGGGAGCGAGAGUGCCAAGAGGAAGAGUGGGAGUAGCAGUGGGAGCGAGAAGAAGGUGUAUGGGAACGGUGAAAACUUGGAUAGAGACAGCGAUGGGACCAAUACUGAGACGGAAAGAAGCAAGCUUGUGUUUUUCGAUAGGAGGAACCAGUUUGAGUUGGAGGAUCUGCUUCGAGCUUCGGCGGAGAUGCUCGGAAAAGGAAGCUUGGGGACUGUUUACAGAGCGGUGCUCGAUGACGGCUGCACCGUGGCUGUGAAGAGACUCAAAGACGCUAACCCCUGCGAGAGAAAUGAGUUUGAACAGUACAUGGAUGUUGUAGGGAAGCUCAAGCACCCCAACAUUGUUAGACUCAGAGCUUAUUAUUACGCUAAGGAAGAAAAGCUUCUUGUCUAUGAUUAUCUCCCCAAUGGAAGCUUGCAUGCUCUUCUUCAUGGGAACCGGGGACCAGGAAGGAUUCCGUUAGAUUGGACCACAAGAAUAAGUUUGGUGUUAGGUGCGGCUAGAGGGUUGGCACGGAUUCACGCAUCAAAAAUACCUCACGGGAACGUGAAAUCUUCCAACGUGCUUCUCGAUAAGAACAGCGUCGCUUUAAUCUCUGACUUUGGGUUAUCAUUGAUGUUAAACCCCGUUCAUGCGAUUGCGAGGAUGGGAGGGUACAGGACGCCGGAGCAAGUUGAAGUGAAGAGGCUGUCUCAAGAAGCCGACGUGUACGGUUUCGGGGUGCUGCUGUUGGAGGUUCUGACGGGGAGGGCUCCGUCGACGCAGUACCCAUCUCCGGCGCGGCCGCGUGUGGAGGAGCUGGCUGAGGUGGAUCUUCCGAAGUGGGUGAAGUCGGUGGUGAAAGAAGAGUGGACUUCGGAGGUGUUUGACCAGGAGUUGCUGAGGUACAAGAACAUUGAGGAUGAGUUGGUGGCGAUGCUGCACGUGGGGAUGGCGUGCGUGGCGGCGCAGCCGGAGAAGAGGCCGUGUAUGUUGGAGGUUGUGAAAAUGAUUGAGGAGAUAAGGGUGGUGGAACAGUCGCCGCUCGGAGAUGAUUAUGAUGAGGCUCGCUCGCGCACUUCGUUUUCUCCUUCACUUGCUACCACCCAAGACAUCCAAUGACCACUAACUUGUGUCAUGCAUGGAUGCUCCUCAUUUUUGGUUCCAUUGUCUUCCUGGGUAUUAUUACUCUUGUUAGCUCUUUAAUUAAAUUGUGUUAGUUCUUUUUUCUUUGUAAAAAAUUUUGAGCUUUGUGAAAAAGUAUUGAUGUUGUUGCCCUUGUCUUGAGAUAUAAAACAACGAUCUCUUAAAACCAUGGGCAUGGCCCGAGUUUGUGUUUA